AUGCACAUACGGAGAACCCGCAGUGUCCACGCGCACGCAACAGAUCCGAUUCCAUCGUCCCUCACGGAUCUCAUCCGCUUCCUAUCUGCCAAGGACAGUGAUCAGGACGGCCGUCCAGCUAAACGCCGAAAGACCGACGGUGGCGGUCCCGAGUCUGUCCCCAUCAUUCGGGAGCAGCUGGUGAUAUCCAGGACAAGCCGCCACACACCUCUGGAUUCGACAUCCUCCCACGCCUCUGGUGUCCACUCUCAGCUUCGGUUUGGCUUGACUGCCUCGGAUGCCAAGGCAAAACCUGCCCACUCUUACAUCUUCACCGUCUCGACGAAACCAUCAUUCAAGGGUGGCAACUUUAGCAUUGCUUUUCCACUCAGGACGAGAGAUGUAUCAGAUCGAUUUGCAGCGAUCAUUGCAGCACGAGACGUCCUGUGGUCAGAUCCUGGGACCGAAGAUGCCAUCUGGGUCGAUGCAGAUGUCCGGCUCGAUGAAGAUGAUGGCACCACAGUACUCACAUUUAACUUUCAGGUCAACUGGAAUGUCAGCACCACUACCUUCGCGACCGCAUUCUCUCCGUAUCAACAGAAAUUCAGAAGAGAGAUCCUGGCUGAGGCCUUCCCUGAACUUUUCGCAGUCCCAAGACAGAAGAAACAGGACUCUUGCUCACCUCAGAUGUUUUACGAAGCAGCACACAUUCCCGACGCAGGCUCCACUCCCCCAGAGGACUUUGCCAUUGAAGGCAUGAAUGCAACACUCUAUCCUUUCCAACGUCGAGCUGUGCGAUGGAUGCUUGGACGAGAAGGCGUGCAGUGGUGUGGACGCCCAGACGGGAAUGACAGCGUCGUCAAGAACAUCGCCUUCGAACCCUUCGAUGCUCCAAGUGCAUUCGCCAAGAUACGGGAUGCUGAUGGACAGGUCUGUUAUAUCAGCAAGCUUCUUGGAAAGAUUACCAAAAACCCAGCACCCUUCGAGAAUUUGGAACAGAAUUUCAGAGGGGGCAUUCUCUCUGAGGAAAUGGGGCUGGGGAAAACUGUUGAGAUUCUGGCACUGUGCCUUCUUAACCGCCAGCCUGCCGAGUCUGUGGAAGCUUUUGACCACUACCUUGGUGAAAAGGUCAAGACGACUCCGGCGACUCUCAUUGUUUGCCCAUCGUCUUUGAAGAAGCAGUGGCUCUCGGAACUGAGCAAGCACGCACCUAGCCUGGAUGUCAUGGCGUACAAUGGCCUGAAUCAGCAGGUGCGCGAGGAUCAGAGCAUGGAGAAGGCGCUCAUCGAAGAUUUGGCCAGCCACGAUGUGGUCGUAACUACAUAUAACGUACUAACUUCGGAACUCGACUACGCGCUCGGCGAACCAGACAGGGCGAGACGGAACCCCAGAAAGUACCACCGACCCAGGUCUCCACUGACGCAGCUGUUAUGGUGGCGCGUCUGCCUUGAUGAGGCUCAGAUGAUCGAGAGUGGUGUUUCAAAGGCAGCCACCCUGGCGCGACUCCUUCCCCGCGUCAACGCUUGGGGUGUCACCGGAACUCCUGUGAAAGACAGCGUUGAGGACCUUCGAGGCUUGCUAUUAUUCUUGCGAUACGAGCCGUACGCGUCCAAUAUCCCGGCCUGGAACGCAUUGCUCAGCUCCAAUCAAGACGGCUUCAGACGACUCUUCAACCAGCUGUCACUGCGUCACUCGAAGCGGCUCGUGAGACAUGAGAUCGCCAUCCCUGCGCAGAAGCGAUAUGUCAUCACAAUGCCUUUCACCGCGGUCGAAGAACAGCACUAUCAAACCCUUUUCAGAGAAGUGGUUGACGCUUGUGGCCUUGACACCCAGGGUAACCCAAUUCGCGACGGUUGGGAUCCAGAGGACCCUGGUGUGCUCGAGGGAAUGAGAACCGCCUUGGAUCGAUUGCGACAGACCGCACUACACCCAGAAGUUGGUCACCGGAACCGAAGAGCUCUGGGCCAUAGGAAAGGCCCAAUGCGCACUGUUGCGGAAGUACUGGAUGUCAUGAUCGAGCAGAGUGAGGUGUCUAGACGUGCUGACCAGCGAGCCCUACUGUCAGCCAAGUUGACGAGAGGUCAGCUAUUGGAGAACUCACCUCGUGUGGGGACUGCGCUCGAGAUUUGGCAAGGCGUCUUGGGGACUAUUGACAACAUCGUGAAGGAGUCUCGGGAGAAACUUCAGUUUGAGAUCCAAGUUGCUAAAUCUUCUACUGGAGAUCGUGCUGCGGUCGAAGACGAUGCCAAUGAUGAGGAUAUCAAUACAGGGCCGUCCGUUUUCUUCUGUGCCAACGCGCACUUUCAAAUCAAAUCGAACGAGGACAUGACCGUGCCAGACUCGGACGACUUUCGUCGACUUGAGAAGCUGGAAGUCGAUGGCUACGAAUCUGCGAAGAAAAUACGCAGAGAGAUUCUUGAUGAGAGCCGUCGAAAGGCGGAAAGGCUGAUGAAGAAGAUCUCUGAUGCAGCAUCCAAGCAGACCUUCGCUGUCAUACCGGAAUACAAGAGCGUCGACAAGCGCGGCAUUGAGAGUCGGGCAGCGGUCGAGGACCUUGAACUUCUCGCCGCGAGUCUGAACGAGCAAGCCGAUCAGCUCGAUGACUGGCGCGAGCAUGUGAUCCAGCUCCUGCUCAAGGCCCUUGUAGAUGAAGACGAUGAGGUUGAGAUCACGGGAGAUGAAUAUGAGGACUCGACAAAACUCAUGGAAGAAAUCGUGGUCUAUAUUCAGAUCCUCAGGGCGGCAAUUGCAGAUCGUGAGGAUGUCGUGACGGGCCAGACCAACGAGCUGGUCGAGCAUGAGGCCAGGGUUUCGCUCCAGCAAGCCUUCACUGGCGAAGGCCCAUUCCCAGAGAAGGUGAUGGAAUUGUUCGCGGUGCGCGAUAGGAUCAAGCCCAAGCCAGAUAAAGAGACCGCGGAUCUCCGUUCCCUGAGAGCCGUCGUGGCGAAGCUGCGCACUGCGACCGUCAAGCUCCGGCACGAAGUCGCGAACGGAUCGAAUCGCGCGAAGCUCGAGCUAGACAUCGUCACGGAGCAGUUGAAGACCACGCAGAAACAGCUCUCGGAGCAGCAAAAGGUUGCACAGACCAUGAAUUCGGAGCUAGACCUCUUUACCUCUACGAUGAACGCGCGGGUGGACUUCUACCGUCAGCUGCAGAACGUGUCAGAUUCGGUGGCCCCGUACGAGGGGCCCUCUGGGGACGACCAGAUGAACGCAAUGCUGCGCCAGGAGGAGGUGCUUGCCGAGAAGCUGGAGGCUUCUAAUGCAAAGCACAGAUAUCUUCUCCAUCUCAAGGAAAUGGAUGCCAGGGACGGGGACCAGCGAUUUUGUAUCAUCUGCCGAGAAAACUUCACUGUUGGAGUUUUGACUGUUUGUGGUCACCAAUUCUGCAAGGAUUGUAUCACACUCUGGUUCAGGGCACACCACAACUGUCCAGUCUGCAAGAAACGUCUGAACAGCUCCAGUCUCCACGACAUCACUCUCAAGCCGCAAGAGCUUAAAGUCCAUUCAGACUCAACUACAACAUCACCCAAGAAGUCCGCUGAAAAUCACGACCAAAACGGCGAUGCGCCAGCCAAGAAGUCAGCCAUCUAUAGCGAGUUCAGCGCUGAGAAGCUGGCCGAGAUCAAGGACAUUGACCUCGAUGGACCAGCAUUCACCACAAAAGUGGACAAUCUUGUGCGGCAUCUACUUUGGCUGCGGGAGUCAGAUCCGGGAGCCAAAUCCAUCGUCUUCUCGCAGUAUUCCGACUUCCUCAACGUGCUCAGGCUGGCCUUCCAGCGGUAUCGAAUCGGCUUCACCUCCUUUGAUAAGGCCAACGGUGCCGCAGACUUCAAGGAGGAUGACUCGAUCGAGUGUUUCCUGCUGCACGCCCGUGCCCACUCCAGUGGCCUCAACCUCGUCAACGCCAGCCACGUCUUCCUCUGUGAGCCGCUCAUCAACACCGCGCUAGAGCUACAGGCCAUCGCGCGAGUGCACCGUAUCGGACAAGACCAGGAGACGACCGUCUGGCUGUAUAUUGUCGACGGCACGGUCGAGGAAUCAAUCUACAAUCUGUCCGUCCGAAGGCGCAUGGCUCACAUCGGUGACAACACGCGGUCCCGCGGCAAGGGCAAGUCGACGGAGGCCACGCCCGAGCCGGGCGACGAGGCGAUCGAGGCGGCCAACUCGAUGGAGUUGGAGCACGCCAGGCUGUCGAAGCUAAUGCGGAAGGGCAAGGCAGCUGGCGAGGCGGUCGACAAGGGAGACCUGUGGGAAUGCCUCUUUGGGCACCUUGCGCUCGGAAGACAGGCGGCGAACGGCGCUGGCGGCACAAAAGAGCCCGGCCCUGCUAUCCGUGGGUUCCUUGCUGCCGAGGCUGCGGAGCAGAGGAGGGGAGAGGGAAGCGAGGGCCCUUUGCGUCUUGUUAAUGGGAUUUGA